UGUGUGCGAUGUCCCGGAUGGGGCUCGCACCGGAAGAGAAGGGGCAGCUCUCCCAGCCAUCUUGUGGCAGCAUCCAGCGAUUUGUUCGCAUUCAAGCCUCGUAGAAUCGGAGGUGAAUCCCGCUGAAGGGGCGCCAUCAUGCCCGGACACCUGCAGGAAGGCUUCGGCUGCGUCGUGACCAACCGGUUCGACCAGUUAUUGGACGACGAGUCCGACCCGUUCGAGAUCCUGAAGGCGGCCGAGAACAAGAAGAAGGAGGCGGCCGCCGCCGGGUCCACCAAGAGCGCGGCGCAAGCCGCCAAGCAGCCGAAGAAGGAGUCGCAGAAGGACCGAAAGAACCCGCUGCUGGACAAGAAGGAGGAGUCCCAGGCUGCGGUCCCACUGAAGAAAGAGGGUAUCAGGCGAGUGGGCCGAAGACCGGACCAGCAGGGCCAGCCCGGUUCCCAGGCUCAGGGCGGGCAGGGUGAAGGGCGGCCCGGAGACAAGAGGCCGGACCGGAGACCUCCUCGCGAGCGACGUUUCGAGAAGCCGGCAGAGGACAAGCCCGAGGGAGGAGGAGAGUUCUCCGCGGACAAGCCUCCUGGAGACCGGCCCCCGAGAGGGCGUGGUGGCGGACGCGGCGGGCGUGGUGGAAGAGGGCGGGGCAUGGGCCGAGGCGACGGCUUUGACUCCCGUGGGAAACGAGACUUUGACAGACACAGCGGCAACGACAAACCCAGUCAGAAAAGUGAGGAAAAGCGCGGCGGCGGCGGCUCACACAACUGGGCUAACGUGAAGGAGGAAGUGAGUGAGGCGGAGCAGCCGGCUGCUCCCGAAGCGACCCCAGAGGGAGAGGAAAGUGCACCCGCCGGCUCUGAGAACAAGGAGAACGAGGUGGAAGAGGUUAAAAACGAAGGCCCCAAAGAGAUGACCCUGGACGAGUGGAAGGCCAUGCAGGACAAGGAGCGCACCAAGGUGGAGUUCAACAUCCGUAAGCCCAACGAGGGAGCCGACAGCCAGUGGAAGAAAGGAUACGUGCUGCACAAGUCCAAGAGUGAAGAUAGCAAGAAGAGGAAAUAUAGAUUUAGCAAACACAGGAAUCUUAACCAGCGAUCAAAGAGGCCUGUCGGCGCUUUGAUCGACGCCGUGGAGACGGAAGCAGAGCCAACCCCGACCCCCGUGUACAACAAGCAGCUGGGCCCCACUGACGAGUCCGCCGAGCACCACUUCCGCAAGCCAGCCAAUGACAUCACGUCCCAGCUGGAGAUCAACUUCGGAGACCUGGGCCGCCCCGGGCGCGGGCGCGGGGGAGCCCGCGGCGGCAGGGGGGGCCGUGGCGGAGGUGGUGGCGGGGGCGGCAGCAGGACAGCACGCGGAGGGGCGCGGCCCGAAAAGGCCAGUGGAGUGUCGGUCCCCAACGUGGAUGAUCCCGAGGCCUUUCCGGCUCUGGCCUAAAGGCUCCUUUUCCACCACCAGCCCACCGAUCAGCCCUUCCGGGCCCCUCCUCUACGAGGCUUGCAUGCUUACAUCAUUCAAGUAUAUUAGAAAAGAGAAGAAGAAAAAAAGAUUUUAAAUGACAAAAAAAAGAGACUCAUUCCAUACCACUCGCACCACCAGAGGACUUAAAAUUGUACCCGUUUUAAAAAGGAGAACAAAAGACAAAAAAAAGGCGAGAAAAGGACCUCUUGUUACACUGAAGUUUUGUAUUUAGAAACAUGAAAGCAGGGAUGUUUUCAUACCUUUUUUUUCCAGAGAUUAUGCAUAAUUCAUUGAUAUUUUUUUGUGCAACUUAAAUUAAUGCGUUUAUGCGAUAAGGUUGAAGUGUGUGUAUCUCUUGAAGCUUUUUUUCCUCAUGACUUCAGCUCAGUAUUAUAUGGUCAUCUUAGACAAUACUUUUUACUGGAGUUUUUCCCUUCCAGUGAUACACACUGAUGUGGUAGCACUACACUACAUAGCAUAGGUGUACUAGAUAUCUGAAGCAUGGCUAAACAUGCAUUUCAAGUGUAAUUACUCUGAUCCUGACUACCCAUCCCAUGGCGAGGCACAAAUUCCAGAUGGGUAACCAGGCAAAGUGACUUCCUACUAAAGCUAGGUAUUUUUCUGCUUGUUGUGCAGUGAGAGUAACUGCCUCUUUUCCAAUUUAUUUUGAUAGCUUGCUUUUUAUUUGGUGGACCAGUGGUUAGUGAUGCUUUGUAUCCCCUGAUCCAGAUGUGCUACCUGUGUUUUCAGGGUGUCCCGAGGCCCAAUGUGUAUAUCGUUAGGCUGGUCCUGGUAGGGCAUACAGACUAUGCUACUUUUACUUCAGGACCACUAAGCAAAUAUUGUAUUUUUUUGUUAAGUGUGUGUGUGUGUGUGUGCGUGUGUGUGUGAGACAGACUGUGAAUUUGAUAGCUAGUUACUUAGAAUUUAAGUAUUCCUCUGCUCUGAACUUGCCACUGUCAAAAUAGAAGACAAGUUAUCACCUGAAGUAGUUUAUACUGUCUAUUUGGACAUGGUUGUUGAAAUAUAAGUGAGUGAUACACAAGACUGGACAUAUCUUGCGGUAUCUCUAAUGUCUUUCGGAGCACUUUGUUUUAUCGGCACUGGUACUCUAAAGAUUGUUUCUAAACCCCUGCCCCUGUCCUCCGUGAACCAUAUUUGCUGUUUUUUUAUUUUAUCAGAGCUGCAGCACCAGUUCAUAAAUGAUCUGAAAUAAAUGUUGGCUGUCAUAGUCAACGAUCUCAAGCUACAGAAUGUAAUGUAAGGUUACGGUGCUUUUAGCCACCUGUGUCAGCAUUUCCAGUGAGCAUUUUCUUUUAAUGAAGUGGGUAUAUUUUACUUUGGGUUUGAGGCGUGGGGGUGUUACGAACAUGCUUAAAGCUGUACAAGCUGUUCUGCAAAUACUUGCUGGAGAUGCACUGAUACAGACGGCUGGAGAAGUUUUCUUGUUGGACCGUUUGCGCCACAUAACAGUGACACGUUCUCUGCAAACAUCGCUGUUCUAAUAAAUUGCUUUAGAGGUGUUACAUGUAUUCCGCCAAUUGCUGUUGGGUUGUUUAAAAUCAUUACUGUGGUUUUAAAAAGGUGUUAACAAAAUGUGCUGUGGAUUCUUCGUUGUUAAAAGCAUAAGGAAGCUC